UUCACACGACGGCCUAGAAAUGAAUACCAGAUUGCUUCGUCCUCCUCCUGCCCGGCCAUAGCAACGGAGCUGCAGAGCUGAAAAUCUCGCCGGUAACAGAGGAGAACAGUGACAGAGAUGUUGACGUCAUCGGUGGUGAACACUUACCCUUUGUCCAGCUAUACCUUCGGCACCAAAGAGCCGAAGAUGGAAAAGGACACCUCCGUCGCCGAUCGCCUUGCUCGGAUGAAAGUCAAUUACAUGAAGGAGGGAAUGAGGACUAGCGUUGAAGCAAUCUUAUUGGUGCAAGAGCAUAAUCAUCCUCAUAUCCUUCUUCUUCAAAUUGGGAACACAUUUUGCAAACUUCCUGGUGGACGUUUGAAGCCUGGAGAGAAUGAAAUUGAUGGUUUGAAAAGGAAACUCUCCAGCAAACUUGCAGCUAAUUCUUCUACUGUUCAGCCAGAUUGGCAGAUUGGUGAAUGUGUGGCCGUCUGGUGGAGGCCAAAUUUUGAAACAAUAAUGUAUCCAUAUUGCCCCCCACACAUAACAAAGCCCAAGGAGUGCAAAAAGCUCUAUGUGGUUCAUCUCUCUGAGAGGGAAUAUUUUGCUGUCCCCAAAAACUUGAAACUCCUUGCUGUGCCGCUGUUUGAACUAUACGACAAUGUUCAGAGAUAUGGACCAGUGAUAUCCACAAUUCCACAGCAGCUGUCUAGGUUCCAGUUCAACAUGAUCCAUCCAUAGUUCGACAAGAUUAAUGGAAAUCGGUCUCGUAUGAAAGAAUACUUGAACAAACAUUCCCUCCGGACGCUGUUCGUUAGUACUAGAUCUCUAGUUUUGGUUAUUUUACCUUAAACUGUUCUGAUACUUUCGUAUCGGGACAUGAUGUGGCGCAUAUGAUGUGAUUUAGAGUUGCUGUGUUUAUGCAGUGACUGUAGGUGUUGAGUGACUAUUGUCACAGACUUGCUCCUCUCUAUUUGUACAAAAUCAAAGACAAGUCUUUGUCCCGCAGUUUUCCUUCCUAUGAAUUGCCUUAAGUCAUUGAUUUGUUUUUGGACAGAGUUUUGAGUCAAAAUUAAAUCGAGCCAAAUUUU